AUGGAAAACUCAAUAGUCGGAUCCGAGGAUGUUGAUAUCUCAUUAUCAACAAGUACGGAGCGAGGUAAGCGAUUUAAGUGCCAUCGGCUAGCCAAUGCAAAAAAUCUAAUUUUUAUUCUCGAACCAAUUAGAAUCCGAAGGAGCCCGUGAGAACGAUGUUCAUAUUUCUACAUCUGAAAUGGGAAUACAAGCGGAUUUUUCCGACGAAGAGAGCGAUUUAGAAAGUUAUUCAAGUGAAGGUGAGCUUGUGAUUGCCGAGAAUGAAGGCAGAAAGGAUUCGAGUGAUUCGAAGGUGCAAGAUACAGGUUCUAAGCAUUCCAAGUCUACUCAAGGCGAGGGUACCAAGACGGCAAGAAAGGCAAUUGAACUCAAGUAUAUCUAUGGCGACGAUUUGUCCAAGAAUGAUAUAGAAAGGCGUAAGUUUUGGGUCUUUCAACUGUAAUAUUGUGCAUCAAUUCAUUGUAUUGAGUACAAUUUACAUUUUAUAGACUGUGUUUUAACUGUUCAGGGGGGCAGUCGUUAACUUAUAAAGGAGAUACCUUACCAUGAGAUCAGUAAACAAUGAAGAACAAAUCUCUGUAGUAAAACGUUUGCUUGUAAAAUAUCAAAUCCACAGGGUAUCAGCCACAGCAAUUAGGAAAUGUCAUUAUUACAACUUACUACUCCCCCCUCUCCCAAUGUCAUUAUUACAACUACUCCCUGUACUCAAGUAUCCUUUUGGUACUUGUCCAGUGCAGAUAAAUUGUACAUCAUAGGGAUGCACAGGAUAUCAUAUCCAGCUGGAUAUUUUUAUAUUUAUUCAUUUUUACAUGUCUUUUAUUUAUAUUCUACUUUGUAUUUUAUAACCCAUUGACGUCCAAGACUCUUCCCUUGACGAGUAAUAUCUUCUGACGUUAGACAAGUAAAUACUAAAGUAGGGCACAUGGGGGUAUUGCGCAGGCUUACAUUCCAAUGGUCCGGACCCGACCGUUGGAAUGUUAUUAUUAAUUAAUAUUUCGUAUCUUUUGAACUUUCUUGAAUUGAAUCUCUAGUCUGUAUCAUUUACAAGCACAGCGAACCAGAAGAGUGUUAAAAAUUCAGUAUAAUAUAUAUCUAAUCAUAUUUUACAACUGUAGCACUGAGUUCAAAAUGUAAACAAUUAGCGUUGUUUACAUUACGGACGUUGUUUACAUUACGGACUUUACAUGGUCUUUAAAGUAGGGAUGAGCCGAUAAGGAAAAUUGCCGAUUACUGAGGCUGAUUAUUUAUUAUAAGCCGAUUAUUUAUUAUAACGGCAGAUUAUUUAUUAUAACUAAUCGGCCGAUUAAUCGGUACCUGCUGAUUAUUUUAAAAAGCGGUUUUAUUGUUUACAAUACACACUAUGUACAAUUAAAAUCAGCUUCAAUGUUGCAUGUCAAUAGUCAAAGUUUAGUUUUGGCAGAUUAUGAUGUAAAAACAGGAUAUUGUAAGCUAUGCGGAGCUAGUCUGCUGCGUUUUUCAGUUCUCUUGACACAAGACACAGGUUUUGCAACAAAAUGUGAAAAUCUAUUCGCUUGUAUUCAGUAUUUUAGCAUAUGGUUGGGCCAGUUGGCAGCUGCAGAAAAAGUCUUAUAGCCGAUUAUUUGCCGAUUAUCAGGCAAUAAUCGGCCAAUUACUGAUUAUUUAAAAAACGGCCGAUUAAUCAGCUUUGCCGAUUAUUUACCGAUUAAUCGGCUCAUCCCUACUUUAAAGGGUUAAUUUUGCAUGAUUUUGUCCAGGACCUUCCUGCGGUCAGUUGUUCGAAAACCGAUUAGCUUAACCCUUGGUUAACCUAAACUUCUAAGCCAACUUCCCAACAGCUUAUCUAUAAAUUUGGAAAUGUUUCUUCAGAAAUCUUGGCUGAGUCAACAAGACUUUAUUUCUCUGAAGUUUUGAAAUAAACAAAUGUGCAGAAAUAUACUGUACAAACCAAAACAGCAGGUUAAAUUUUAACCGAAGGGUUAGCACUAAUCCACCUGUGAACAACUGGCCCCUUUGGGUGAGGUUGUCUCUUGGGAGGAUUAUUAAUUAAAUUAAAUUCAAUUACCACUGGCAUCCUUUUCAGAUUAAAAAUGAUUUGAUAAUGUUAAGAAAGUUAAGGUUAAGAGAUGAUCACAGAAAGGCUGGCAGUAUUUUCAAUAUUUUCCAUGCUAAUGUUUGCAGGGCCAUAGCAAGCGGGGGGCGGGGGCUAAUAAUUGCUCAUGAGCAAUUUCAGGUAGAUUUGCAGUAGAUUUUCAUGAAAAUUCAGGUAGAUUUGCAGUAGAUUUUUAGGUAAAUUCAGGUAAUUUGGAUGGCAUAAGAAAGUGAAUUGGGAAAAAUAACUAUAUCUGUGAAAAAUUUGUUUGUAUUUUCAUCAAAAGUUUUGGCAUGUCCAGAAAAAUUUUGUUAUUUUCGGAAAAAGUUAUGAUAUGUGGGGAAAAAUAUUAAUUAGUGCAAAAUCAGGUAAAAACGUUGAGUUGGAUAAAUUCAGGUAAUUCUAACCUCCCCCCCCCCAAGACAAAGUCAUCAUGCAACGGCCCUGAAUGUUUGUAAAUGUGGAUUUAACCUUUGAAGUACAUGUAAUUGUGAGCAAGGCUUUGCAAUGUUUACUAGGCUGUGAAGUUGAUGAACACCUUCACUUUUUAAGCAAUUAAAAUUAUUAAAAUGAGGCCCGAAACUUACACAAAUAAUGUACGGUAUAUGCAGGGCCGCUGAGAGGUUGGCGGGGCCCGGAGCAAUUUUUUAGCCCUAGGCCCCUGUUUAAAAAUUAUUUCCGGAAAAAAAAUUUUUCGGAGAACAACCUCCUCCCCCCUUUAUCUCAAUUUUUUAUGCCAAAUUUCGGUACUUAGCCCAAAAAAACAGAUAUCAGGGACCCCCAGCACCUCAAGGCCCGGGCAAUUUGCCCCCCCCUCGGCGGCCCUGGGUAUAUGGCCAGAUAUCAUGGCAUAUCCAGUAUGAACCCCUAGUAUAUUGGGUCGUUCCAGAAAAGAUCCAUACUCCCCCACAGAGGAAAUUUAUACUGUCCAAAGAGGGAGGGGAGAAAAAAUCGUUUCUGAUAAUAGUAAAUGUAUUAGGACAUCCGAAGGGGUUCCGGGGAUUAACUUCCUAUUUCCUCUGUGGGGGUGGUAUGGAUGUUUUCUGGAAUGACCCAUUUCAUGUGCACCCCCCCCCCCCAGAUGUUUUUGCCAUUAGACAACAGCCAAUCUAUCUGAAAUAUGAAAAUACUUCCCAAUGUUUUGAGCAGAGGUGAUAUACUGUAGCUGCAGCACAGUGGAGUAAUCCUGGAACACUUGUAAGGGAUAUCAAGGGGUGGGGGUGGUUUAAUUACAAUGUGGGGUGGCAACAUGAUAAACAUUCAAAAUUCCAGCAUUUAUUAAUUUGGUUUCUACAAAUUCUUCAGUUAUAUAGCAGGACCUUUUUUAACUAUAUAACUGGGGGGGGGUGUGGAAUUUAGAAGUGAUGUUUGAUAUUGUAGUAACUGAAAUGUACUUGGUGAAUCUCUUAUCUUCAAAUGAUUCAAUGUCUUUUUAAAAAUGCUAACAUUGUGUUGUAAAUAUCUUAGAUUUUAAAAAUGUCAAAGGGGAUAGCAUAUCCUAGACCUAGACCCUAUAGAUAGAUUUGAGUUGUUGGAAGGCUACUGCUAUUAGACAAGUUAGUGACUGAAUUGUGGUAUUUACAGAAACUUACCAUGCACAUACUCAACUGAAUAGUAAGAAGAAAGACAAACUUUUUGUCAACAACAAAUGGUCCCUUUCUGUAGAUGGCUCCCACUGACAAAUUUUUUUAAAAAGACCCUGUUCUAUAGUGCUUUUAAAAUUUUUUAGGUUUAGACAGGCUCGAAAUUAAUGAUAUUUUAUCAUUAAUGGUAGAACUUCAAAAAUUAUCUCAUGGAUCAAAAUGAUCAAGGGAGGCCACCUACCCACCCCCCUUGCCCUUUAGUAAGGAGGGCAGGGGGGGGGGGCGAAAGUGCCCUUAUAGAUAACAUUCUAACCCAAAAAAUAUGAGGUACAACAAUUAAAAAGUAUGAAUUACGGGUGAAAUGUUCGUAAUAUUGAAAUAUACGUGAAAUUUUCUGGAAUAUUGUGUCAAAAAUUGUGUUUUCAAAUUUUUUUGCCCUUGUUUUGGUGAAUUAAGGUCCUGGAAAAAUUUUCGGAAACGAAAUAUUAAUUAGUGAUUGCCCUUACGUCAACAUUGCCCCCCCCCCUGUGCCCUACCCUCACUCCGGCGUCCCUGGGUGGGUCAAUCCAACCUUGAGCAUUAUCAGUGAUACUAAUUAUACUGUAAGUCUCAAAAAUACCACAAUCAUCCCCCAAUCAACCCUCGUUAUAACCCCUGCACAUUAUUUUGCUGAUUUUGCUAUUCAACUAAAAAAAUUUAAUUUGUCUUUUGAUUGGUUAGUGCUAAUACACCCUUUCGAUAAUUACGUCACAAGCACUUUUUGAUCUUGGAGCCUCACUUUCAUUAGUGAUCCGAAUCACAUUUCAGAAUGUAAUACAAAUAUACAGAAAACUACAACAAAUACCAAUAAUAUAUGAAGCAAGUAUGGAAUAAGGUCAGGGCCAUGACUACUGGUGUGUGUGUAUGGGGUGUAACGCCCCCAAAGAAAAGUCAUAGAAGGGGGCCCCAAUUUCCCCAGAGGAGGCCCCGAAAUGCUGGAAUUGCGAAACGUUAAAUAUUAAGGAAUGUUGUGAAAAAUUGCGGCCGAAAAAGCUCUGAAAAACGUAUUUUUAACCCCCCCUCCCCAUUAUCCAAAAACAUUUUGGAAGGAAGGGGGCCCAAACUUUUGAGUCCCCCCCCCCCAACCUGAUAUCGCUCGGCACGUCCCUGAAUAAGGUAACAAUUAAAAGUACUGUCAAUGUCUAUUUUUGACAGGCAAAGACAGAUAGAGCUAAACAUGUAGGAAAAAGUUUAUAAAAUUAAUGAGGGUGCCAAGUUUGGAAAUGAGGCAAUUAUUUCAUGUUUUUUUGCAGCCAGGAAUGGGAGAGAGGGCUCCAAUUUUUAUAUCCAAAACACUGUGAUUGCCACUAUAGCUAUUAAAAUUUCUCUAUUUUUAGAACUCCACAGAUUUAUUUACAAAUAGGACUGGCUUUGUUCUGUUUUUUCCACAGGUGCAGAUCUAGCUGCAUUUGGUAACAAUUUUUUAUUUACAAUCAUGUAGUUAGCAAAGCGGAUGUCCUUGUGCCACCAGGAUUACUCAUUCAAAAUUCAUCGAUUCCUGAUGCCGGUCAUGGUGUAUUUGCUAACUGCGAAAUACCAAAACAUGAAUUCUUUGGUCCAUAUCUUGGCAAAAUUAUUGAAGCAAAGGAUGCAAAGAACUAUGAGGAAUCACAUUAUAUAUGGGAGGUAAGUUUGUUUUGUACAGAUAGAUUAUAGAACCUAAAUUGACAUGUCAUUGACGAUUAUACAUCCUUCCAGAAGGUACGCCACUUUGGCUAAAACAGCCUCGUUUUUGUGAUUGAGACAUUAGACUUUGACUAAUUGUCACAUACGCGAAAAGGAGACUCUAUGACUAUAUAGCCAAAGUGACGUACAAUUCGCGAAAUAUUAUAUUAUAUUACCUCAUUUUUGUUGCUGCAAACCCAGUCCUUUAAAUUGUGUUGGCUUAAAUUGAAUGUUUUAAUUUAAAUUUAGGUAGGCUUUGUAGGAUCUUUAUUACAGCUUUGUUAUACAGAUAGAUACACAGACACAGUUGAUUUAAAAGUGUUUACUUUUAGUGGCGUUUGCCUCCCCCCCCCCCCUAUUUUGUUUUGCACUGAAAUAAUCGAUAUUAAUAGUUUACAUUGUAAAACAUCUUUUUUGUCAGUGAAUCCAAUUUUUGUGGUGAUUUGUGGCCCUAAACAGCCGCUGCAAAAGUGUCUUUCGAAGGCUUUGUUCAUGUUGUUUAUGUUUUUAAAUAAAGCAAGUGGAGGCCGAAAACCCAGGCCGCUGAAAACCCAGGCAGUUCUCGCGCAUGCGCAGACAAUUUUCCCACCUGAUCUGGCCAGAAAAAAACUGAAGGCUAACACAAAUUUGAUAUAUCUCAGAAUCUGAGAAACAUCACUGUGAAAUAUCAUUUCCAUGUCUGUGAGUUCGUUUGCUGUUGUCGUUGCGUUGCCAUCCUCGUGCAUGCUUUAGGUCGCUGUAUUUAUACGCAAACGGUUGAUUGACUGAAAGAUAAAAUGGGGAAGUUGACAAAGGAUAAAAAUAAACGCAAACAGCGGACAAAAGGAAAAAUAUCAAACGUGCAUAUGCGCGGGAUAUAUUCCGUUAUACCUGACCAAUAAUUUCCCGAAGUUCACUAUUUGACUGAGUAUGUAUAUUAAUAAGGCUAUAAGAAAUGUUACUUAUUCCAGUCUCAUUCCCAAUCGCCUUAUGGCAUCAUUUGAUAUUUUACCAUAUUAAGACAUGCAUCACUCUGUAGAAUAGAAGGAAUACAAAAAUUUUUGUUUGAUCAUAUCUAUUAUUUAUUGGUGUUUGGACUCUGCCUCAUCUUUGCUCGGUUUUCUCUUAGGUAAAAGAUGACUUUGGUCAACUGAUCCAUCUUAUUGACGGAAGCGAUGCUUCUCAAUCGAAUUGGCUAAGAUAUGUAAACUGUGCGAGAACAGUCGAGGAACAAAAUAUUCAACCAGUCCAAUAUGAAAACAGCAUAUAUUACAUGGCGACGCAAGAUAUUUCGCCUAAGGAAGAGUUGCUCACGUAUUAUGGACAAAAAUAUGCCAAGAAACUAGGAUUGGCAAUUCAGAAGAACGACCGUAAGUCUAAUAUAUCGUAUAAUUUACUUUACGGAUCGAUGUUGUUAUAUAAGGUUUAAUAUUAUACCCCAAAUUCAAAGUGUCCAAUCACAAAGCUAAGUUUGUGCCACGUGAGCUUGAAAUUUAUCAUCGAAUCACGCCUUACGUCAUCGUAUUUUACGUAGCGGGUGAUUUCAAUCCUAUCACUCGGGGUGAUCGAUUUGAUCAUAUCACCCGGGUGAUAUGAUUCGCGUAAGUUUUCCAUCCAACUCAAGCAAACCAAACAAAAUAGGCUACAACGAAAAAGUAAAGAAAAUUAAUAUUUAAUCGUAGCCCCCUCCGCAGGUAACUCUUGAAACGCCACAAAUAAAUUCAUAGUUGGGGGAUAGUUGAGGUCAACUAUCCCUUAACUAUCAAAUCAACUAUCCCUGACUAUCCCUCAUGUGUUUCAAUAGUUGCCUGCGGAGGAGGCUAAUUUCAUUGUAUUUAUAUAUAGAAAAUGAAGCAUUCCAAUGUCGUCAUUGUAGCAAGACCUACUCGAAUGCGGCAUGUCUGAUUGGCCACUUGAAAUACAAAUGCAACAACGGCCAACAACGUAGCAUCUUCAUGCCACAACCGACAGAUCGCGUGAACCCGUUCAAAGUGGAUAUCCCGGAUGAUGUGGUCGUUCGUGAGAACGAGAAAAUGAAGAAAUUCCGCUGUCCAACAUGUGAUAAAAGAUUCAUACGCAACUACACGCUUCAGUGUCAUAUGUUGAUACAUAGUGGAAAGAAAGAUCACGUGUGCGAAACGUGCGGCAAGGCGUUUACCUUAGCCAAGCAUCUCCAGCGUCAUAGUCUCAUUCACUCCGGCCUCAAACCUUACAAAUGUCACUUGUGUGGAAAAUCGUUUACCCAGCAAGGCAGUCUACAGGCGCACAGUCGAACACAUACUGGAAUCAAACCGUACAAGUGCGAAGUUUGCGGGCGCGCAUUUGCCCUGCAGUCUCCACUCCUGUCUCAUAUGAAGACGCAUCAGGAUGAGAAAGCGUACAAAUGUUCGACAUGUGAUAAGGAAUUUACACACCGUAAUACGCUUGUACGUCAUGAGCUUGUACAUUCAGGGGCGCGCCCUUACACUUGUUCUGUAUGCGGCAAAUCGUUUACCCAAACCAAUGAUCUGAAGCGUCAUAGCCGUAUACAUAGCGGGAUCCGACCGUACCAAUGUCAUAUUUGUGGCAAAGCUUUCACUGUUGAGUUUACCUUAGUUUGCCAUGUCCGAACUCACACUGGUGUCAAACCGUACUCCUGUGAUUAUUGUAGUAAGACUUUCACCCAACCUGGCGCGCGGUUGAAGCACAUUCGAAAGAUUCAUCCCGAUAAACCGUUGCCGCCAUCAGCAAAAGGACGAAACUCGCGUGGCCACGGUAACGCUGAGAAGAAUGACGAGGAAGAAACGAAGGAAGAUGAAAAUGUUUUGAACACCGAUGGUGGUCUGAGUAAGACGCUUGAAUGAAAUUAUUGACGAAUAAUUAUAUUUAAUGAAUUAAUAAAUGAUAAUGAAUAAAAUAAAUGCAUAUGAAUAUAAUAAAUUAUGCAUUUGCUGUGUUUUGGUUUUACGUAUUAAUUGGGCGUUAAAGUUGACUGAGUUGCCGGGGCCUAUUUUAGUGUGCAGUAUUGAUUGAAAAGGGUACAGCUGUAUUGAAUGUGAAAGUGUGCAGCAUUGAAAAGUUAAUUUUUAGCUGAAGGUAUUAAAAAACAGUGCUACAACGUCGAACAAUGGCUUAAAGUAAGUGGGGGUGUGCUAAUCAAUCAUCCCCACUUGCACCUGAGAGCUAAGCUGAAUUGCGAAGGACGUAGCUCAACCUGAUCCAGUCGAGGCUUACUAAGGGCGCCUCUGGCAGCCACCUCAUGACUCAUGUCUGAUCAGGCGGCUAAUCCCAACCCACCUGUCAACAUUCCCUGUGGGAGAAAACCGAAGAACCCGGAGAAAACCCACGACUUUCGGCAGCCUCGUUUCCAGGCUCUUCCCAGUUUAGACCCUGUCUACGCCACUUCAGAAGUUCUGAAAAACUGAACGUUUAUUUAAACUCUUGGAAUACUAUCCUCGUCUGUGAGUUUAUCCGAAAUUUUGUGAACUAUUUAAAAACUGAUGUGACUGUCUGAAAUCUAUUGCGAAUUGCUAUAACUUUCUAAACAAUUUGCGUUGUCGGGUAUUUACUCUUAGUUGAAAAUAUCAGGCACGCACUAUGGACUUAUUUAGAAGCAUUAUUGUCUAUUGAGUUCUUGUCUUUCAAUAAUGCACUAUUCUUUAAUAAUACUGUGGGCUUGUGGCUAAUAUACUAUAAAUUCAAAUUAGAACAAUAUGUUAAUUUCUAACGAUCUACUUUCUUGAGACACCUUGUGUACUAUUUUUUACAUAGUUGCUCGGCUUCGUGCUAUUACCAUGCGUCCAACUAUUAAAUUUUGCUGUUACCAUGCGUCCAACUAUUAAACCGAACGCUUUGCUUUCACCAGUUCACUCGUACCGUGCACUCCUUAAAAUAGUUGGCUUUUCUUGUCAAACACAAAUACUACAAAAGUCCAUCCCAGAACAUAGGCACCCCCACAAAUAUUUUUUGAAUGUGGGCCUCUGCUUAUGUAUAAUAUUCGAUGCAUCAUUUUGUUAGUCCGUUAGUUUGUUGGUCUGUUAGUUUGUUUGGAAUCAAGCCUUGGUAUAUGUUCAAAAAAUAGUAAUGUCUUUUUCGCAUACUUCAGAGCACCAUCAUCAAAGACAGCCACAUCAGUAUUUUCCGGAAUGUCCGCCUUAUUUUGGGAAAUUCCGCGAGGUUCCGUCACAUUCUGACAUGUCCGCGCAAAAUAUUUCGAGACUGAAUAAGCAAGCUAGAUAUGGAAAAUUGGUAAAGGAAUAUACAAUUCCAAAAGUUCUUUCAAAUGAGACACACUUAACUUUUAUUGUGAUAUCCUUUUAUAAAGGCGUGUUUUAAUUCCUUUAGUUCACAGCAAGUUAAUCUUCUAGUUUCCUUUUUGUUGUUUUGGGUUUGUUUCCUAGCCUGCGUGCAGCAUCAACCCGAAUUUGAGGCUACAUGUACGCAGGAUAUUUGUUUCCGUGCUCCCGUUUUAGUUCGUUUCAUUUAACUCAUUUCAUCUGGUUCUGUUUCGUUUCCGAAAUAUAUACGCCCACUAAACUGGCCCCCUUUGUCAAGGACACUUAAGGCGUUUUUUUAAUACCAUGGACUGGUGCCCCACUGGGCCCCCUCCUCUGCCCCACAACUGAAGAAAACAAAUGGCCUAUUGCCCCAAAAAGCCAGGGCCCUAGGACCUGUAUUGAGUAAAUGAGUAAUAAUGUUGAAAAGAAAGUUUAAGAAACAAAAUUUGUUGUUGAACAUUUGUUUGAAAGUUUAGCAUGCAAUUUAUUACAAAUUUCACCAUAAAAUCUUUGUUCUGAGAAGCUGAGAUAUUUAUAAAAUAUGUUCUCAGAAUGCAGGAAAUGCUAUUGCAGAGACCCAAAUUUUAAACAUUUCCUGGGGGGGAGAGGCGCCCAGAUCCCCCAACUGAGUCGUGCCUGCGGUACUCGGCUCACACUUUUGGUGAUCGCAUACUAUAUCCUUGGGGGAGAGCAAGGAAAAUUGGCCCUUUGGCAGUUUUGCCCCACCACUAAGGAAUCCUUAAAAAAUGCACUGAGAACACUGAUGCUUCAUUGACGCAAUAAAAUUACACAACUCUAUUUUGUUGCAAUGCAUUUUAAUAUUUAGUAUUCUACAUUACCCAGGGGCGGAUUCAGACCGUUGCAACCGUAGCAUAUGAUACGGUCAGAUUUUCCCUGAGAUAUAUUUUUCCAGGUUGUACCUUUUUUAAAGUUAUUAAAAACUAAAACGUUAUACUAUUUUUAAUUGCCGUUAUUUUCAAUUUUUCAUUGCAACUUGGUGCAAUUUUUUUUUAAUUUACUAAAUCAUAUUGAUACAAUUUUAUCGAGUUUUUAUUUCAUUUUGGAUAAUUAAAUUCUGGUUUUUCUCAAAUUUCCGCCCGAAAUACUGCCUGUAUUUGCGGGUUUUGCACUAGUACUAUAUCACAUCGUUCUGAAGUCGUAGCAUUUGCUUCAUUGUGAUUGGCUUGCUUCGUCUAACCGUAGCAAACCAAUCAUAGCGUUGUAUUUUGAAAUUUUUGCAGUGGUCAGAUUGAAACUGACCGUUGCAAAAAUUCGCAAAUACGGCGUGCUGAUUGGUUUGCUACGGUCAGACGAAGUAAGCCAAUCAGAAUGAGGCAAAAUGCUACUGUUUGCAAUAGUCGCAUCGACUUCAGAGCGAUGCUGGCUUGUUAUUGUCGUGUCGGCUCCUCGUUGUAAUCGAAUAGUCGGUAAAUGUUAAUCGCCGCUCGUUCCAAGGAGAAAGAUAUGGUGGCUUCUACAUGACUCCACGAUCUUCUGUGUAUAAUGAACGAAUGUAAACGUGUUUCAUUUAACGAAAAGGUGCGCGAAAGAAUUCUGAUCGAAAGCUUUUGGUGUGCGAUUAUUGGCAUAAUUUGCAUUUCCCGCGAUGUGAACUGUGAAGACAGCGCUGUUUGAAUCACCUCCAUGUCAGGUCAGUCUCAUGAAUAGUAUAUUAAAUAUGUAAAUAACAUAUCGAAUUUUACACAGUUCAUGCGUCUCGAAUAUAUUACCAUAUAUUUGCUGAUGAAACGUAUCAUUAUAAAAAUGCAGAACAAUAUCAAUGGCCACUCACACUAUUUGAUAGCCAUUGGCAUGCCAUGUGUGUUUAUAUUAAGAAAUAUGUUAGUUAAUCUCCUAUAUAUUUUAUAUCUUAGACUUUGUUCAUGUAAUUAUUAGUUGUAGACCUGUAGUCUAUAAAGACUAGUGAGUAGUGUAAAUGAAAUUUAUAGAAAUAGUACACUCCGAUAUAUUAUAUUGUAGUUUACAUGUAUACUAACAGAGUUUAGAAUUACAACAGCUGAGCCUGCUUCCUGGGAUAACAUCAUAAAUAUAUGGUUAGAUGUUUCAAAUCCAUGUAUUGUAUACCUUACUUGUAUUAAAAUUCGCUCGUAUACUCAUUUUCGAUCAUGCUUUAAAUUCGCGCAUUCCAAUUUCGCGAAACUUGUUCGCGCAGCUUUAAAUUCGCGCAAGUAAUUUUCCGUGUUGGUUCCUUUUGGUUUGAUUAAUAGAACUAUAACAACAAAUACUUCAAUAUUUGUCAAAACAAAAUUCAUGAUAACAGUAAAGCCUGGUUCACAUAUGCCUGCGGCAUGCCUGCGACUGUAUCAUUAUGCCUCUACUUGCCGCCGAAAUACCGGCAAAGUUGAACUGAAGUCUCAAGUCAACUUUCCCGGCCUACCGCCGAUGUAACUGUGGCACUGGAGGCAAUCGGCGAACAAAUGUUCACAUAAUUUACGUUUUAAAGCUACCAUCGGCAUCGUCGCCGGUACGUCGCAGGCAUAUGUGAACCAGGCUUAAAGCGUAUAAAGUUCAAACUUCAAAAUGUAUGGUUGUCAUUUGCCUAAUACAAUAACAAUAACAAUAACUAAUUUUAUUAGCAUCCCAUAUAUUAUAGGUUCGUAUAUGGUAUUGCCUUACAUUAUAUUAUUUACUAACAACGAGUGAAUAUUACACCGCAAAGCUUUUCGCGUGGAUUAUAUUUCCCGCAGUACUAAAAUUUGCGCACCCAGCUCUGCGCGAAUUCCUGCAGUAUUGCUCGAAUUUUAGUACAAAUAAACAUAUACAAAUAAACAUUUUUUUUAAUUGCCGUUGUGCUGCUGUUUCAAGAUGAUCUACAAAUAAACAUUUUUCCUAUAACUUGGAGAUAAUCUAUAUACAGUACAGAAAAGAUUUCAGUUUCCUGACUGCCAUAAGUUGUCCUGCUGUUUCGGGAUGAUCUAUAUAUGCUGCUGCUUAGCCAGAUAAACAUUGUCCCUAACUGUCGUUGGGCCGCUGUUUCAAGAUGAUGUACAUUUGAAAACUUUCGAACUACUGUUAUCUUACUUUUUCAAGAUAAUCUGUUGUUCGAAGUGGUAUGUUGAUGAAUAAAUUUUGUAACUUUUGUGCGUUUUUUUUCUGACUUUGGUGUGAAAAACAGCCACUUUUCUACAAAUUUUAAAUCUAAUUUCGAUGCUCAGAAUGCAGGAAAUGGUACUUGCGGGCUUCAAAUUUCAAAAAUUUUCUGGGGGGGCAUGCCCCCAAACCCCCCUAGGUAGGGCGUGGCCUUCGGUCCCGCAUGUUGAUUUCAUCUAAAAUGCUACGGUCAGAUUGAGACGCUGAAUCCGCCCCUGGCAGAUCACCUAUCCAAUUUGAAUGCAGUGUUGACGCGACUGUCUGGAGCGGGCCUAAGAUUGAAGAAGAUCAAAUGUUGUUUCAUGGAAUCAGACGUGACAUAUUGUGGCUAUGGGAUAAACAAGAACGGAAUCCAUCCGGUGGUCGAAAAAGUCGAAGCCAUCACGAAAGCACCAGAGCCAGAGAACAUUAACCAAUUACGAUCAUUUCUUGGAAUGAUAAACUACUAUCACAGAUUCUUACCAAAUGUGGCAACGAUCCUAGAGCCACUACACAGACUACUACGACAGGGAACCAAGUGGGAGUGGGGAGAAGAGCAAAAGGCGGCAUUUGACUAUGCAAAAGAGCUCCUACAGUCAGCUGAGUUACUCAUCCAUUUUGAUCCGACCAAGCCGUUAAUCUUAGCGACAGAUGCAUCGAAUUACGGAGUUGGGGCCGUUUUGUCACAUGUAUUUCCUGAUGGGACAGAAAAACCGAUAGCGUAUGCCUCAAGGUCUUUAAACGCAGCUGAGAGAAAUUAUUCGACAAUCGAAAAGGAAGCAUUGGCCACGAUUUUCGGCGUUAAGAAAUUUCACAAAUUUCUUUACGGACAGUCAUUUACCAUCAAAACAGACCAUAAGCCAUUAGAAGGGUUAUUCAGCGACAAAAAAGGAGUCGCCACUCAGGCAGCACCACGAAUUCAAAGAUGGGCCCUCACUCUAGCAGCAUACGAGUACAAGAUACAAUAUAAUGCCGGGAAAAACAAUGGGAACGCAGAUGCAUUGAGUAGACUACCCCUACCAAAGAUGCCACUGUCAACGCCACAGCCAAGUGAAACAAUCCUCCUGAUGGAACAUUUGGAGGAAACACCAGUCAACAGCAAUCAGAUAAGAGAGUGGACCAAACGAGAUCCAGUUAUGUCAAAAGUCCUUCGUUUCACAAUGCAAGGUUGGCCAGAGUCCUAUGAUUCCACAACAUUUAAAUCUUACCACAACAAAAAGUUUGAGUUAAGUGUGGAGGAUGGCUGUUUACUCCGGGGUACGAGAGUUAUCAUUCCACCCCAGGACGAUCAAAGAUCUUAA